AUGUCAAUCAAAAUACUGAAGCAGCUGAAAAGAAAUCUUGUGAAGUACAAUCCAGACCUCUGUUUAUCUGUUCUUAUGCUUUCUUUCAGGGAUGCCCUGACAUGGAGAAGCUCCGAGUUGCCACGUCCACUGCUGGAUCCCAUAAUAACUCUAGGCAGAUCUCCUGCUUUUCCAUGUCACCUCCGGUGUUCCAGUGUACCACCACCCUCAUGUGAAAACUACUGUCAGAAGAGUACCGAUUCAAGUGGAAUUCUUUGGAUUUGUUUGGGCACAGGUUUGAUUUUAAUACUCACUCUGUUCACCUUAAUGGUCUUGUUUAAAUGGAAGCACUUAAAGCAACUAAAAGAAAAACUGGAAAACACAGACUCCUCCUUGGAGCCGAAUGAUAUUCUCAAGGCCAAUACUGAAAGCAGUGUGAAUAUAGAAGAAAUCAGACACACGCUUCCAAGUGAAACAUUAACGUAUUCAGUGGAAGAAUGCACUUGCAGUGACUGUGGCCUGGUAAAACCUCAGACUGGCUGUGAAACUUCAUUUCCAUUACCAGCUACUGAAGAACGAGCUACUGUUCUAGUUACCACCAAAUCUUUUGAUUAUUACAACUACGUUCUGGGUGUUGGAUGA